AUGACGCCAUUCGCCACGUGCAAUUGGGCAUCUCAAAUUAUUCCUCGCUGUUUGUCGGCGAGUCCAACAACAUCAAAGCUAACUAAAGCUACACGCUACUACACACUGCGCGCUUCGGAAUAAUUAUAAUCUUCUGUACUACCAUUGACUGCAAAAUGAAGGCAUACUGGUUCGACAAUCUUGAAGGCGACCAACGCCUACCUCAUGACUCUGGUCGCUCAGUAGAUCCAGACUAUCUGGAGAAACUAGGCGUCGUCUACCACCACGUCCCCGAAGUCUCUGGCGUUGACGAGAUUGCUACAUCUCGCAACUACAAGAACCGGGAUGAGGUUACCAUCAGUCCCGAGAAGAUGGGCGACAUUUACGAGGAAAAAGUGAAGACUUUCUUCAGUGAGCAUUUGCACGAGGACGAGGAGAUUCGCUACAUUCUUGAUGGUGCGGGUUACUUUGAUGUCCGAAGUGAGGGCGACGAUUGGGUCAGGAUUUGGCUUGAGAAGGGUGAUUUGAUCAUCUUGCCGAGCGGCAUCUAUCAUCGCUUCACCACUGAUGAGAAUAACUACACCAAAGCUAUGCGAUUGUUCAAGGAUGAGCCCAAGUGGACGCCGCUUAACAGGGACAAAGAGACGGAUGAGAACCAGUACCGAAAGGAAUACCUGAAGUUCAGACAGGGCCUUGCUGCGUAAUGGAGAUUAAUCAGAUCAACUCCGAAACUAGUUAUUGUUGGUUUCCUCGUAAAAAUAUUUUUUCUUCUUCAAUUCCCGGCUUUCCCGGCUCAGCUCUCCACAUUCCGUCUUUGCGCCCAGUCCUGUCUCCACAUCCUAAAUCCACUCUCACUAUUACAUGUUCACCGCUCUAGCUACGACCGCCGAGGCCCCCGAUCCAGGUACACCUUAAGGUUUUGUGGCACCAAUGAACAUUGAUUAUCGGACCUAUUUGAUGCGACCUCGGUAGAACAACAACGCGAAG